AUGACUGCAGGCGUUCGUUCUGGAGACGUCUCAGAAUCUCCUGUCUUUCAGAACCCUUGGUACAUCGUUGCCACUGUCGUAUUCAGUGCAAGUAAUCAACCGGAGGGAGUGAAGUAUGUUUUGGAGAACGUUCUCGAAGAUCUCGGUCAUUAUCACGAACAAGAGGACCUUGAAAAACAAUCCAAGAAACUUGCUCAGAAAAUGCGCGAAGCCAUCUUCAAGUCCGGAAUGAUAAGUGGUUAUUCAAAGGUAUUCCUCAUUGAUGUUAAUUCAUUAGCACUGCAAAGAAUGAUAUUAGUCGUGAAGGCUAUCAACUCUCUGCAAGUAUUGAAUACAGCAAUUCCAGAUGAGUGGAAAGUAACCGAGAUACAAAGAGAUACUAGUAUUUCGCUUGCGGAAUAUGAGGCGAAGGGGAUGUCUACGUUUCGUUCAAUCUAUGGAGAAACCGCUGAUUCUGUCGACGGAUUACUCACUACCAUAUAUCCUGAUCUUGGAUGGUUUUCAAGAACGAUUGCGUACGGAAUAACGUAUGGACACGGAGAAACUUUAUCACAACUUGAAACAUCAUAUACGUUGGUUGCAGCUCUGAUUGCAAGCGAUACGCCUCAGCAAAUAGGAUGGCACCUUGACGGCGCCAAACGAGGCGGAGCCACUACAGAAGAAGUGAAAGCCAUCAGGCAAAUAUCUAUGGAGGUUGCCAAAUUUUCGGGAAUUAAAUGGAAACACGGUGUGCCAGAGGUGACCUGA